AUGGUUGCUUUUCAAAAUGUCUUGGCCUUUAUCGGAGGCGCAACAAUCCCACUUUCUGCAAUGAUUUAUCGCCAACUCAAUCCUCCACAUACAGCUUACCAAGAUUGUCUCGAACAUCUCAUGGAGUUGGAUCAGCGAGCGAAGGAAACAUGGCAACGUUCUGAGAUUCCAGAUGGGACCUGGAUAAAAUCGAAAACUCGUCUUACGCAUACCGCUUUGUGCAAUAUGCAUCACGGACUCGAAAGAAUCCGCAAGAAAAACAUGGAUCGUCGAAAUGAGACAACUCACGCGGUAUCAGUGCCAACCGGUUUGUCAAUUGGUUGUAAAACAGGUCGUCUUCAAAUACGCUGUAUGAUCCCCUAUAGCCGGGAAAUUCACAAGUUUGAGGAUGUGCUAUCGUCUUAUACUUGAAAUUGUGAGGCCUAGAAAUUCUUGGAGCAAGUCACGAUGGAGCGAUAAUUAGAUUGGAUCAUUUCAUAAAUAGUCGUUGAUGAUUGGAGAAAUCAUUUUGAUGAUAGAUUCUGGCUUGCAACGGGAUUCAAUGUGUAUUUCUUGCGUUACAGACAGUAAAAACCCCAUUCCCUACAUUACAUUCGUCUCUCGCUUGCUCCAUUAUCUUCCAUGUCUAUUCUCAUUAUCAAUGUUCUUGUGCGUG